AAAUCCACCCUUCUUCAACCGAAACAAAAUGAAUCGAGGAAAAAUAACGUUUGGCAAAAUAAAUCUCAAAUCUUCUGCCCCAUCCGCUAGCUCAACGGAAAGUGUAGAAACAGCUUCAUCAUCUACUGAUGCCACCGUAUCCGGGUUUGGAUCGUUCGGGCGUAAGGACAGUGCCAAAGACGAUCCAGUCGAGCAAAUUUCGGAAGAGUUAGACAACAGUAAGCUGCAGGAAGUGAUGGGAAUAUCGGGCUUCGGUCGAAAGCAAGCAAAACAGUUCGAUAUCAAUGAAAUGAUUCAGAAGGCCAAACAAAACGCACCGAAAGCAGUAGUGGAUGAGAAAGCUAUCAUUGAAGCGGGUGGCGAUAAGAAAGAUGAGGAUGAUGAGGACGAUGAUGAAGAUGUGAUUGGUCCAGUACCAGCUACCGCUGGAGAUGUGAAUGAGAAUCGACGGAAGACAGUCAACAAAGCGGAAGAUUCGGAUGAUGAUGAGCAGGACGAUGACGACGAUGAGUUUGAUGAAGAUGCACCGAUAAAUAAGCUACCCCACUCACACGAGGUCGAAAUGCGGCAUGGCAGUAAAGCGGUCAUUGCCCUCGCCAGUGAUCCGUCCGGUGUGCGGCUCGCAUCCGGCUCGAUGGAUUAUAAUCUCAACUUUUGGGACUUUUCCGGUAUGGACAAAUCGAUGAAAAGUUUCCGCUCGUUGCAACCGUGCGAAAACCAUCCGAUCCGCAAUCUAUCCUACUCGUUUUCGGGCGAUAUGAUGCUGGUCGUCUCGGGCAGUUCUCAAGCGAAAGUGCUCGAUCGGGAUGGGUUCGAGAAGAUGGAGUGCGUGAAGGGUGAUCAGUACAUUGCAGAUAUGUCGAAAACGAAGGGCCACAUUGCGGGGCUGACCAGUGGUUGCUGGAGUCCGGUGCGGCGGGAAGAGUUCCUUACGAGCGGUAUGGAUUCAACGCUCCGCACUUGGGUGUUUGCGAAGACAAAGGAACAGAGGGCCGUAAUUAAAACUCGCGCCCAGGGUGGGUUGAAAACAAUUCCCACGACCUGUGCGUAUAAUCGGGACGGCACACUGAUUGCGGCCGGAUGCAGCGAUGGAUCGCUGCAAACGUGGGACACGCGGAAAAUGUUCGUCCACACGACACACUGUAUCCGGGAUGCACACAGCAAGGGAUCCGAUAUAUCUGCGGUAGUGUUUUCUUACUCUGGCUUCCAGCUGGCUUCUCGGUCGAUGGACGAAACGCUUAAGCUGUGGGAUAUGCGUGCGUUUAAGAAGCCACUGCACGUGUUUGAUGGAUUGUUCAGCCGGUACGAUACGACCGACUGUUGCUUUAGUCCGGACGAUACCAUGAUACUGACCGGGGAAUCCCUGCCGAAAGAUGCCAAACAGGCACACCUGUUUGUGUAUGAUACGAAAACGUUCGAUGUGGUUGCAAAGCUUCCGAUUACCGAUUCACACGUGAUCCGCACGCUGUGGCAUCCGAAGCUGAACCAAAUAUUUGUCGGCUGUGGUAAUGGGGUUAUUCGCGGACUGUACGACGAGAAGCGUAGUAUGCGUGGUGCCAAACUGUGUGUCGUUAGGACACAUCGGAAGAAGAAAGAGUCGGAAAUUGUUGGUACAACACAAAUUAUUACGCCGCACGCGUUACCAAUGUUCCGGCAGGAAAAGACCCGCUCAGUGCGUAAGAAGCUGGAGAAGGAUCGAUUGGAUCCGGUUAAAUCGAAACGACCCGAUCUACCGAUUACCAGUGGUCAGGGUGGACGUGUGGCUAGUUCCGGUGGUACGCUCUCGUCGUACGUGAUACGAAAUUUAGGUUUAAGCAAGCGCGUUGAGGAUGAUCAGGAUCCGCGCGAGGCCAUCCUGAAAUACGCCAAGGAAGCGGCCGAAAAUCCUUACUGGAUUGCACCGGCUUACGCGAAAACGCAACCGAAGCCCAUUUUUAACAGCGAGGAUGAGCCGGAAGCGAAAAAAACAAAAACAGAACAGUAAAU